AUGUGUAUGAUGUCUGCUGGGAAGGCUGAAAUCAGUAGGCUGAACACGGUAGUGGAUGAGACAACAAAAGUUGUUCAAGAAUUAAAAAUUGAAUUUUCUAGAAGAAAAUCAUCACGUAAUUUGCAAGUUUCAAGUUCUAAAACUGAAAUUAGUACAAGUCCAUACAAAACUAGAGGCAAACAUACUGAACCAAUACCUCGGUCAAGCACUGAGAACAGAGACAAUGUUCAAGAUUCUGGUGUCUUUGUAACUGAAGAAGGUGAAUGUACAAGUAGUGUUCUUGCAGAAGAGCCACAACAAGAGGUGCUGGAGAUAGACCUUCUGGAAGCAGAGCUCGAGUCUGAACUGCAAAAGCUUUCUUGGUGCUCCACAGAAGCUUCUGGAUUUGAAGGAAAAAUAUCAGACAUUUGUGAGAAUGAAGAUGCUUCUUUCGAAGGAUUUUACAAACCAGAUGGCCAGACUUUUGAUUCUUGUCAAUUGAGUGGGGUGUUGCCAUCUGAACUGGAUCAGAAACUGUGCCAUUUGCUCAUCGAACAGCAAGAGAGCCCGAUUGUAGGGCUAGAGUCUGAACUGCAUUGGGCCCAAUCUAAACUCCAUGAGAAAGAAGCUGAACUCCAAGCAUUGAAGGACUACGUUAAGCGCCUUACGGAAUUUUCUCUGGCAACUGCCUCAGAUGAAGAAAGUGAAGCCCAGAAGGAAGAAGAGAAGAUUAUUGAUCAUGGGGAUUAUGAUAACAAGAUGGGACCUGAGUCAAAGAGAUCAGUGGUUGGGAUGAAAAGAUCAAUGGACUUUGAACCAUACAGUUGUGACAUGAAAUGAAAUGAUAAUCAUUUUAUAUCUAUCAAAAGCAAAGUGGGGAAAGGAUAGUAAACUGGCAAUCCUUGGAUGCCCUGAGAUUUCAUUCUGGGUAUACUUUUCAUAUGUGUGGGCCAUCCAUAACCAUUAAAUAUUGUAUCUAUGUA